AUGUCUUUCAAUAAAAGUUCAUCGUUUAACCAACCGUUUUGUCCAAAGACUCCUACUCCACGGAUCAAUGGCUCCCGUUUUCCUAUGUCAGCAGCUUUUUUGGAAACACCAUCCAUUAUGGACUCGUUUCUUAAAACAUCAGCAGUACUCGGAAAUGUUACAUCCACUUCUACAGGCCCACCAGCUAAACAAUUCAUUAUGGAAAAUCUUCCAAAUGAUAGUAUGCCAUGUAACGGAAACACAUCGAUACAGCAACUCGGCAAAAGUUCUUGCAAACAGACUUCGAUUCAUUCAAAUGAAUUUAAUAACUCCAUUCUGGACGAGUAUUUUUCUUCAAGCUUUUUGGGCAAUUCUUCAGUGAAUCGUAAAAGUCCAUUAGCACCGUCAUGUAAUAACAGUUACGCCAGCAACAAUUUGGAUAAUCAGCUAUCUAAAAGCUUUCAUCGAGAACAGAAACCGUUUGACAACGGUUGUAACGCCGUCCGUUUCACUAAAAGUAUCUUAUCUACAACAAGGCCAUCAGGACUUUCAAACUCAACAUUAUCUGUAGGAGAAUCAGCUAAUAAGAAUGAUCCAAAAUCGACACUACGAAUCGUUUCUGGAACAAUUGAACAUAUUCAGAAGCUGAUACGGGAACAAUCUACGAUACCGCUUCUACUAGAAACCGUGGCAACUGUAGUGAAUGUGAAAUCUGCUAAGAAACCGUCAGAAAAACUUAUUCUACUGCGCCAUCGUAAUCAGGGACCGGUAUUGCAAGGCGUUUUCUAUGAAAUCGAUAUUCAAUUACCUAUUCUGAGCCCAGGUGAUGUGGUGCGAUGCGUCGGACGGAUUCAACCCGUGGGAAACCGGUUCCAGAUACUGAAAAUCGCCCGCACACCUGAGCGAUAUGUUGGAGCAAUGCUUCGCCUACAAACAGUCAGUGCAUUCAGCUCAAAGGUACGACGCUAG